UUUCUGGCACCAGUUACAGGGGCUAUCGAUUUAGAUAUCACUGACAGACGUAGGUUAUGAUUUCACAGUUGCCUUCUAUAUCCCUCGCCCUGACGUGGGCUGACAAAUUUGUGAUCGUUUUGCAGAGUCCAUAGCAAAUGCGGCCAGCUCGGCAGCGUACGGGAUGAUGAUCCAUUACACAGGCAACGAGACCGGCCAAAUCCCAGGAAAAAUUCCCAAUACAUGGUGGGAAGGUGGCGCCAUGUUCAUGGCCUUAAUCCAAUAUUGGUAUUACACCGGAGAUACGACUUAUAACAACGAAGUUAGUACCGGUAUGCAGUGGCAAGCUGGUGAUGGGGACUAUAUGCCUUCGAAUUAUAGCAGUUAUAUCGGAAACGAUGACCAGAUGUUCUGGGGACUUGCAGCCAUGACAGCGGCCGAACUUAAUUAUCCUGAGGUAUCGGGCGGGUAUUCGUGGCUUUCCCUCGCCCAAGGCGUCUUCAACACCCAAGUCGAACGGUGGGAUGCUGCAGACUGUGGAGGAGGAAUGCGAUGGCAGAUCUGGAGCUGGGAGACUGGCUAUACCAUGAAAAACGCCAUUUCGAAUGGUGGACUCUUCCAGUUGGCUGCACGUUUAGCUCGUUAUACUGAAAACUCGACAUAUUCGGAUUGGGCAGAAAAGAUUUGGGACUGGUCUACAUCUCAUUUGGUGGAUACUUCGACAUGGGCUGUUGCGGAUUCCGUCAGCCUCAGCGAUAAUUGCACAUCUCCUGACCACACACGGUGGUCGUAUAACUACGGCGCUUAUCUGAUGGGUGCGGCCUAUAUGUAUAAUUAUACAAACGGGUCUGAAACAUGGCUUGGUCCUGUCAAUGGUUUGACGAACUCUACAUUGAGCACAUUCGCUUCUGCAACAUAUAACAAUACGCUAGCCGAUUGGGAAUGUGAAACCACCGAGGUCUGCAACAACAACGAAAUCAUUUUCAAGGGUCUUGUUGCAGGUUGGCUUGCAUUUACAGCUAUCGUUGUCCCGUCAACAUACAACACUAUAAUGCCCACCCUGAAAACUUCGGCUGAGUCAGCUGCAGAUGCUUGCACAGGAUACGGGAAUAACACCUGUGGUGUGAGAUGGUCAAUCAAAUCAUGGGAUGGGUGGAUUGGUCUGGAAGAAUCGAUGAGCGCUACUAAUAUUUUCUGGGCGAAUCUAGUUCCAUAUAAUAUAACAUCAGGCCCCGUGACAUCUACAACGGGCGGGAAUAGCACCAGUAACCCCGGUGCAGGCACCGGUGACAACACAGGGAAUAUGUAUCAAGCACCAGCGAUUACGACGGCAGACAAGGCUGGUGCGGGCAUUUUAACAGCAUUAUAUGCGGCUGGUAUAAUAGGAGGAGUAUAUUGGCUGGUUACUGGCGAGUAGACUGUUUCGAAAAUGUAUAGUAGCCUUUGAUUUGAAUUUUGAGCUUUCGACUAGCUAUUACAAAAUACCCCUUGAAAUAUGAAAACCGUAUUCGCAGC